AUGCCGCGGCCGAGGAGGAAUUUCGACAUUUUUAGCUUCCCGUACCGUACGGUGUGGAACAAAACGAUACAGGACGUGCAAAAUCAGCUGGCGGAGCUUUACAAGCAGCAGCAACAGGAGCAGCAAUCACAACGCAAACAGCAGCAAGAACUGCUCGAAGCGGUGCCCGUGAUGCGGGAGGCAGCAACGAACCAACGAAUCGAUUCGGGCUUCCAGCAAACGACGGACGAUGGAUCCCGCAAUCCACCGCCGAUGAGCACGACAGAGACAUCCAACUUGGCGGAAGCGAUAAUGACGUCGGAUCUAGUAGGCACCAGCCUGCAACCGGUUGCUCCGGAUCAACUGGAAUCGAUUGAUGGGAAGCUGGCGGAAGCGUCGGAUCGUUUCCAGCUGCCAACGGUCUUAGGGGACACGCCGGCGGCUAACAAUGAAACGAGCGUGAUGAAAAUUCCAGCACAGGCGGACAAUGUGUCCGUAUCGCAGGAAACAGAGAAACAGGCCGUUCCGUCUGAUCCGCCAUUGACAGCUCCCCAGGAACAGCGGACUACUAAGCGCACUCGGUCGAACAAGCAAAACGAAGAAGAGCAGGCUGUUUCAUCCGAGCAACGGCCCGAAAAACCAUCCGAAAUUCGGAACGAAAAGGAGAUCGAUCUAAGCUCGGUGCUGUUUAACCAGGCAAAGGAGCUGGAGGCAAUCCCGGAGGAGAUCGAUUCGUGCGCCGAGUUGGCUCCACUGGAUACAAUGCUGAUCGAUAUAGUGCUCGUAGUUCAGCGCGAAAUGUGCCAUCGGGGGUGCAAUAUGUGCCACUGCACCACCUGCAUCAGUUUUUCCGCACCAGCUCACGUUUGGGCGUGUGUAAACUGUUCAAAAACAUAA